AUGCUUAAUAGCAAAACAGAUGAGAAUUUCAAAUAAGUGAAAAUGAAUCCACUUAAUAAUUCAACCAGCAAAUAGCUUUAUUCAUUUUCGAAGUCUCCUCGGUUCAAUUACAAGGUUAGGAAUGAAUAAAAUUCAACUUCAUUUUAUGAGAUAAAAGGCACAAUCGGUUCUCCCAAUAAAGGAGUUUCUUUUGGAUUGGGAACAAAAGUGGAUUUCUCAAAAUUGAGUGAUAAAACCCCAGGUCCAGGAUCAUAUAAAUUAGAGAAAGAAAAAACAUCAUCAAAUUUACAAAAACACACUAUGGGUAUUGGGAGAACGUAUUUUAAACAAAAGAAUGAUAUGCCAUCUGUUGGGAAAUAUAAUAUUGCAUCUAGCAUCAUUAAAAAUGAAAGAAUACCACAUUUUGGUCAAAAAAUUGCAAUUAGUAUAUGAAAUAACAAAUAGUAGAGGAUGAAACAUGUUCUCCAGGUCCAGGAAAAUAUGAUAUUUAGUAUAAGGAGCACUCUUAAUCAGUAAUUUACCAUCCAGUAUCAGGAAGAACCAGCAGAACGCCUGAUUGUAUUCCUGGUCCGUAAUAAUAUAGACCGAAGACAGAAUUGUCUGCAAGUUAUGUGAAUUCAAAUUGGUCAAAUUGCAAUGUGUCAAAGUUCUCAAAGGAAGAGAGAUUUAGCAGUAAAUAAAGCAGCAUACCAGGACCAGGGAAAUAUUAAAUACCAGGAGAGUUUGGUAUAUACUGAUUUAUAUGAAUAAUUAUAAAGUUUAUUUAAGAGUGAGACCAAUCGAAUAUGAUUAAUCUAUGCUAAGUAUAGAUUAGAAUGUUAUCUCUAUUAAGGUAUUUGUAAUGAAAAUAAUGACAGGAUCCAACAAAUAAAUAGGCUGAAUGGCAGUAGUAUCGUUAUGACAAGGUUUUCCCAUCCUCCUCUACAUAAUAGGAAUUGUUUGAUAAUGUCUUUAAUUUUGAUUAUGAGAAUAAGAAUGGAUGUAUAAUAUCUUAUGGGCAAUCUGGCAGUGGUAAAAGUUACUCCUUAUUUGGAAAUGUUCAACAUCCAGGAAUCGUUCCUCUAUUGAUUUAAUAGAUACUCUAAAAAGGAUUGAAUGUAUAGGUGUCAUUUCAAGAAAUCUAUGUGGAUUAAAUAAGAGAUUUAAACACAAAUUUGAUCACAGAGGAAUUCACAAAGCGAUAAAUAUUGUUAAUCAAUGACUUUUGGGAGAUGAUCAAAAUUUUAAGAAGCACGGAUAUCAAAAGAUAAAUGAGAACUCAUAUUAUACUCACAUUGGAGAUCAAUUCCAAUACUAAGUUAUAGUUUGUAGAUUUAGCAGGAUCUGAAAGAGUCGCAAAAAAUAUAACUGAAGGUGAAAAAUUUCAGGAAGCCAUCUUGAUUACUGCUAGUCAUUAAGUACUUAAUCGUUGCUUAAAUUCUUUCAAUCAAAAUCCAAAUAAAAUAUUGCCAAAGAAAGAAUCCAAAUUAACUUCAGCAUUAAUAAUUGAAAAUAACACAUAGGUUGUGUUAAUUGGAACUAUUAAUCCUAGUUAAUCAAAUUAUGAAGAAUGCUUAUUGACACUUCAAUACUUAGAUAGAACUAAAAAUAUAUCGGCUACGAUUAAAAAAUAAUAAUCUAUGUUAGGCUUUGAUUCUUAAGUUAACAUAUAAUAAGAGAAAGAAAUCAAGAAAUUGAAGGAUGAAAUUGAAGAUUAUAAAAUUAAAGUAGAACAAUUAAACGCUGAUAGAAAGAAGAGAUUUCUAGAAUUACAAAGGCUUUUAGGGUUGGAUAUUGACUUGGAAAGGCUCUCUGCUAAAAAUGCAAAGGAUAUCACCAUCUUCAAAAACUAAUAAGAUGCUCUAUUAAAAAAUGUCAGUUUAUCAUAAUAAAUCGAGGAAUAUCAUUAUGAAAAUGCACAAUUAAAGAAGGACAUUGAAGAUUUGAAAAAGGAUACCCACACUAAAUUGGAAAGAUAUUAAUAACAAGUCUUGGAACAAAAAGAAAUUAAUAAAAAAUUAAAAGACUAAUUAUAAUUGUCGAAAAUGAGUGGAGAUGAUGCAAUUCGAUUGUUAUCAUAAGAUCGGGAUUAAUUUAUUAAAAAAUUAUAAGAUGAAUCUAAAAAUUUACUAGAGGACAAAGUUGCUUCUAUCCUUAACCUUCCUUAAACAGCUUAAACAAAAAAUGUUGAAAAUCAAAAACUUCAAGAAUUAAAAAAGUAAAUCAAAACAGAAAUUGAAAAGGAAUUUAAUAAAAGUCUAGAGAUUAUUAAAGCUGAAUAUUAUAAAUCAUUGGAUCAUUAUAAAUUUUAGUAUGAGUAAAAACUAAACCUUAAAGUCGAAGAAAUUGAGAAUUUUCUUAAUUAAUUCAAGAAAUACAGAGAGAAAAAGAAGUAUGAUCCUUUAUAUUUUAUAGAUCCUAAAUAAAUGAAAUUGUUGAAGAAUUAUUAGAUUUAUACGAUAUUAUUACCAAGCAAGGAAAAGUUAUUGAUAAAAUAGAAACAGGAGGAUAUAGUGGAGGAUUAAAAUCAUUUAGUAUUCCUAAAUAAGACAAACCUAAUUUGCCAAAUAAAGUCAAACAUAAAAAGUAUAAUCUCUAUUUAUAUAUAGCUUAUUUCAUUUUCUAGAAACUAAUAGUGUUACAGCUACUUUGACGAAAAAGGCAUCAACUAUAGAAAAAACAAUUAAAACAGCUACCAAAUAAUUACGAUAAUCAUAAAGUUAGAUUAUCUUAGAAAUUGAUUAUAACUAAUUGGAUUCUAUUAAUUUUAUGUCCAUGGAUUUUAGUACUGUAAGGGCAUAUGCAAAUAAAUUAAGAGAAAUGAUCAAAGAACUUCAAGAUUAAAUUACUGUGAAUUCAGAUAAAUUCAAAUAACAAAUAGCACAACUUCAAAGAGGUAUAAAUUCAACUUUUUAGAUUUCUUAAAGAACGUGACGAUGCUUAAUAAAAAUAUAAUAUGGAAAGUAGAAAAUACAAUUAAACCAGAGUUGUUAUAGAAUCUCAAAAUAGAAUAUUGUAAAAGGUUAGGCCCCUCAGUUCAGUGCAAAGGAAAUAGUGA